AUGUUUGCGAUCCCCCCACCACCGCGGUAUCCCACCAACAGCGGCUUGGUCGCGACAACCCUCGAGACUGCAAAUACUCUGACCAUUCGCGAAGGGCCCGAAUACACAUUUCAAGCCGGCGAAGGCACCUAUGUUCUAAGAGACGACCUGCAACUCGCAACCCCACCACCUCAUCCUUCUGAAGCCCCCGUUGUCAAUCCCAAUCCUCUAGCCACCAGCGUUACUCCGCCUACGAGUGGUGUUAAACUGUCUCUAGUAUCACUUAGCCCGAAACAAAUCACUCCGGACCUCUACAGAACCACUACCGCAACAAGUAGUCUUCUGCGCUGGAGGACCUUGGGAUUAAACAACUCGAAGGAGACAAAGGAGUCCAAGGAGCUCAAAGAUGUGAGAGAGUUGAAAGACAUCAAAGAGGUCGAGAAAGAGCCGAGGAUAUCCAUAGAGACUGGCAGCGACAGUAGCAACCUUGCGACAUCGCAAAAUGGAAGCAACAAGUCGAGCACAGUCAAAGCAUUUGGUGAAGGCAAUGCCGCCCUGUCUCCAGUCAUCAGCAGAGAUGGUCUUAAGCGACGGAAACCGAAGAACAACAUCAUCAAAAGCAAUUCCUCGUUCGUCUCUCGCGUCAUCCCCCACGAGUCCCUCGCAAAGAAGCUUCAAGAACGAGACCAGCGAGGCACAUUUGCUUUUGUCAACAUCAAUCGAGCUUUUCAGUGGUUGGAUCUCUCUUCAGGGGCCAAACAAGACCCAAUGACUAAGAUCCUCUUUACCAAGGCUCACAUGCUGUGCCAUGAUGUCAAUAGCAUGACCAAACACUCAACACACAUGGACAUUGUAAUGGGUUCCUCGGCCAGUGACAUCAUCUGGUACGAGCCCAUAUCGCAGAAGUAUGCCCGCAUCAACAAGAAUGGGAUCAUCAAUGGCUCGGCCGUUUCCACGAUAAGAUGGAUACCUGGAUCAGAGAACCUCUUUCUAGCGGCUCAUAUGGACGGAACUCUCAUCGUGUACGACAAAGAAAAGGAAGAUGCACCUUUCGUCUCGGAAGAGCUGGUGGACGAGGGUAUCAGUAUUGAGGAUGAAGACCAGUCCACAUUGGUCAUCAGCAAGAGUGUGAACUCAUCCAAUCAAAAGACUAACCCGGUAGCCUGCUGGCGGAUUUCCAAUCAGAAUAUCACCGACUUUGCUUUUUCGCCGGAUAAUAGACAUCUCGCCGUCGUCGGUGACGAUGGCUAUCUCCGGAUAAUAGAUUAUCCGCAAGAAAGGCUGACCGAUAUAUAUUCCUCUUAUUAUGGCGGGUUCACAUGCGUAUGCUGGUCGCCUGACGGCAAAUACGUGCUCACCGGAGGCCAAGACGACCUUGUCACUAUUUGGUCGCUAUCUGAACGUCAGAUUAUUGCUCGAUGUCCAGGGCACGAUUCAUGGGUAACGGCUGUUGCCUUCGACCCGUGGCGCUGUGACGAAAGGACAUACCGUUUUGGCAGUGUAGGCGACGACUGCAAGCUCCUUCUCUGGGACUUCAGCGUAGGCAUGCUUCAUCGUCCAAAAGGGGCAACCGUUAGGACUAGAGGAAGUAUAUCAGCCCAAUCGGUCUCGCUUCUCCGUCAACGGACGGAGAGCACAAGCAUCGUCAAUCGAAUCAGAUCUGACUCCAACCGGACCGGGAGCUUCGUCCAACCCGACACCGUCGACGAAUCCGAAUUUCUCAACCAUGCUGUUGAACCCAGAUCAAGGACAGCCCAAUUGCCGCCUGUAAUGUCCAAAAAGAUAGACGAUCAUCCGCUGAGUGGUCUCGCGUUUGAGCAGGACUGCAUCAUCACGACUUGUCAUGAAGGCCACUUGCGCACUUGGAACCGACCUCGAGAAGCCCCAAAUAGCAGUCAAAUAGAUAUCUCAGAGAAGCCGAGGCCCUGA